CUCUUGUUUCAUUGCUAGGGAAACCCAAGAAGGUUAGCUCGAGGCGACAUUCUGUUUUAUGUGAAUUAGUUGAUCACCUCACCUACAAUCAGUUUGUAUCAUGCGGAGCUCGAGUGGAGUCGCAGCACUAGGGACAGUCCUAGCAAGUCUCCUGUACCUUGUGCAAGGGGCCACGCUAGGAGGUUCUCAGAAUGUAGAGAAAGUUACCUUUCCUCCUGACUUCAUGUUUGGUGUCUCGACGGCCGCUUUUCAGAUCGAAGGAGGCUGGAAUGCUGAUGGCAAAGGCGAGAGUAUGUGGGACACUUACCUUCACAAGCAUCCGGAAUAUACCCCUGACAGAUCCAAUGGCGAUGUAGCAGCAGAUUCCUAUCACAAGUACAAAGAAGACAUAGAAAUGAUCAAGGAACUCAACGUACAGUACUAUAGAUUCUCUUUAUCGUGGCCAAGGAUUCUGCCCCAUGGGACCGAUAACUACAUAAAUAAGGCCGGAGCGGCGUACUAUCGAACAUUGAUAGAAGAACUCAAAAUGGCAAAUAUUACCCCAGUUGUUACUUUAUUCCAUUGGGACCUGCCGACCCCCUUGAUGGACCUAGGCGGGUGGAGUAACCGGAAAAUGGUGGACUAUUUUGUGGAUUACGCCAGGGUAGCUUUCGACCUCUACGGCGAUAUUGUCAAAAUCUGGACCACUAUGAACGAACCGCAUCAGCACUGCUACAAUGGGUAUGGCACAAAUUAUUUCGUGCCAGCAUUAGAAUCCUAUGGAGUUGGCGAUUAUCUAUGUGCUCAUUACAUGUUAUUGGCACACGCCGAGGCUUACCGUCUUUAUAAUAGUGAAUAUAAACCACAUCAACAAGGCAAUGUUGGUAUUACCCUUGAUGCUUUUUGGGGGGAACCGAAGAACAGUUUAAACCCAGACGAUGUCGAAGCAGCUGAGAGAUACACUCAAAUGCAUCUGGGAUUAUAUGCUCAUCCCAUAUUCUCGAAGGAAGGAGAUUAUCCAGACUUAGUUCGGCAAAGAAUCGAUAGGCUCAGCUCACUACAGAAUUUUACACGAUCUAGAUUACCAUCAUUCACCAAAGAAGAGAUUUUAAAGCUAAGAGGUAGUGCGGAUUUCUUCGGUAUAAAUCACUACACAACGUUUCUGAUGAGCAGCUCAAGUAUGGAGAAGACGUGGAAAGUCCCAUCCAUGGAUCAUGAUACAGGAGUCAAGUUAGAGCAAAAUCCUAACUGGUCUAAGCCAGGGGCCGACUGGUUUACGGUGUACCCUCCAGGUUUUAGGAAACUUUUUAAUUGGAUUAAAAGGGAGUAUGGGGAAAAAAUACCCAUUAUUGUGACAGAAAAUGGGAUGUGUGAUUUUGGUGGCCGGGAAGACUAUAGAAGGAUAGAUUAUCACAACCAAUAUUUGUACCAAAUGUGGCUGGCCAUAUAUGAAGACGACUGCAAUGUCAUUGGCUAUUUUGCGUGGACUUUGAUGGAUGAUUUUGAAUGGACUGAUGGAUAUACAGUGAAAUUUGGGCUGUACGAAGUAGAUUUCAACAGCCCAGAGAGGACUCGCACUAAGAAACUAUCAGCCGUAAAUUACAGUAACAUCGCACGAACAAAACAGAUAGAUUUUGGUUAUUUUAAACGAAAUUUUACAGAGAACGGCUUAAACAACAUUAUUUAAAAGUCGCUAUCAACUCUUUUUACAAAAUUUUGAGUGAAGUUAUGAAUGAAGUGCCGAAAGAAGACUAUGAUUUACCGCGUACUUGACAGCAACUUUUCAAUCGACAGAUUAACCGACAAUUUUUACAUAUGUUAUAUUAUGGUGAUUACUUUGACGCUCUGAAAAAUGACCACCCAACUUAAAGGCAAUAUGCUAAUAUAUAAUCAAAUCAUGUGACAAAAACGAAUUGCUCUAAAACCGACUCCACAUAGUCCUGUCGAAUUUACCGCUAGCAAAAUUGUUCAAUUCAUCCGCCGGCGAAACUAUUUUUGAUAACCAGAUGCGAUAGAAUAAGUUCUCCGUCGAACCUGGUUACGUACAAGGAUUAAAAAAUCUUCGAUCGCAUCUGGUUACGAAAGAUAGUUUCCAUGGCAGCUAAAGAGAUAAAGUUAUUUCUAUUAGAAAAUCUUAAUGAUUAAACUCACCAUUACAGUAAAUAAUUUUCCCACGUUUGCCAUAAACGAGACAGAAGCAAAUAAGCACUACGCAGUUCACAUAUACUUUAUAAAAUAUUCGCAUACGAAAUGUGAAUAAUAAUAGAAAUAAUUAUGAAUUAUCUAUGAGUAAGUGUUUCUCAGUGGAUAUAUUUUUGAUAAUAUAUUAAUUUGAAAAUGUUUAAAGCAUAAGUUGUAUAUAACUAAUUAUAAAAUAUAUGUAAAUAUAACUUUUUAGAUUAGAUUGAUUGUAAAUAUUUAUUUAACAAAAACGUUAUUUUUAGACACUAGUUAUAUAUCGUCAGAUCGUAUUGAAUGCAACGCAUGUUAAAAAAAAUAUGUCAGAACAUUGAGGAAUUGCCUUAUCGGGAGCCGAUACUUGGUGCACGAUUUUAUUAUGCAUAUUUCAUAGUCAUCCGCACUAAAAGUAUAUCCUUCAUUUCAGCUCAAUCAGUUGAAGAAUCCUCAAAAAUAAGUUGCAAGAUCAUUAAAAGCUAGUAAUACUAUUUAUGUUUAAGUAAUGGUAAAGUCGAUUCAGUUUCUAUCAAGAUCUUAUAAAUAUAGGAAUUAUGUGAUGAUGUAAUAAAAUAUCGAUGUAUAUAAAUACAUACAUUAUUAUGAUAAGGAUAAAUUGUUUUGUUAUUACAAUAGGCACAUUACCUGGAGACGUUCAAUCGUGAUGAUGAGAUUUAAAUGUAUGGUAUUAUCGGUAUUAAAAUAUUUUGUAGUUAAAAUAGUGAUAUUAGUACUGGCCUGAGUUUAAGUUAAAUAUAUUUUUGUGUCUUACAUAGUUAUAAUCAUUAUAAUAUCAUCAACUGUAAUACUGUGUAGAUAACCAAGUGAGAAUUUAGUAAUAAACAUUGUAUGAUAAAAUUGGCAAUUUAUUAGUUAAUAAUAAUAUUGAAGGAUAAUCAACAAAAAACAUGCAACACGCUUCGUUGCAUUGCAAACGCUAAAUUGUAGUUGACAUUUUCUUCAUACGGCUUUUAGUGUAAAGCCGGCCUUAAGUCACGUCCUGGAAUGUUGCGGACUGGGUGAAAUGUCCGGCUUAAAAUCUAGUCCGACUUGCCUGACUCCUAUUUGUCGCAGCGAAAUAUAUUACCGAAGCACAAUACUCGUAUAUUAAUGUGGUUUAUUUGUUACUGCAUUUAUAUAGGUUUAGUUAAAUUUAAGUUAAAGUAAUUUUCAGAACUGCUUUUAAACUGUAUGCUAAAAGUACUUACCGUUUUUGUUUUUUAAAUAAUUUAUACUAGCGCGUUUAGACACAUAAUUAUACGCACAUUGUGAUCGCCAACCUAAAUAGUUAAACUGGAAUUUGAAAAAAUCAUUCACUUUCAUACAAAUGUUAUCAACUUAACCAAUUAUCAAAAGAUGUCAGAUAUCUUCCAAGCCGUGCAAGUUCGCUGGUAUUAAUAGGUUUAGACCAGUGAAAAACCAAGAUUGUACCUGCCAGUUUUUACGUUAACUUUAACCUGCUCAAUGUAACGCAAAGUAUUGGUGUAAACCAAUCUAAAUAUAUUAGACCAUGUAUCAAUCAUUACUCAAAACGCUUGUAACACCUAUAGAAGGUGCUUUAUAAGCAACCCUAUAUAUAUAUUUAUUUCAAACAGUAAACCUCAAAGAUCAACGAUAGCUUUGCGGUCAUAUGUCUGACCUAAAAGAGCCAACCCGGUCUCAACUAUUUCAGUGUAUCUAUUUCAGAAGGCAGUAGCUGUCUAGCCGAUAAAUUCUAUCAAACACUAUAUAUGGAUUAUAAGGUAUACAUUAGAUUUUGUGGUAAUAAAGGUCCUAAUUGGAUUGUAUUCAAAAACUAUUCUAAUUUUAGUUAAUAAUUCUAGCAUUUUUUUGGGCUAUGAAGUUGAAUAAUAAUGUCUCAUUUGAACUAAAACAAUUUAUUUAGAUAAUAUUUAUCUGUACAUAUAUCUGUACAUAUAAUGAGUGUAGAUAAAAAAUGCAUAUCUAUAAUGGGAAAAUGCUGCUUAUUUCAUAACUUCCUCCUUUUGGACAGAUAUCAUCAUCGUAUUCUUAACUCAAUUUAAAAGCUUUUUAAUCUCGUGACUCUGAGCUAUCUCCAAUAAUGGAUAAAAACGUGAUACCGUAUCUGAACAACGUAACGUGUAAUUUAAAUUGAGCUUUUAUGUAAGAAGCUCUGCUUACUUGCUAUUUAUUCUAUGGAAAAAUCUUUCACUAGUUUUUUUUUUAAAUAGAAAUAUGACGUGGAAUAAACAGAGUUAUAUCUAAAUAGGGCUAGUGUAUUACACCGCUAAGUGACUCAUAUUUUCAUUUAGCAUGAUGUGACCCAUCGUCUUAUCGUCUCUAGUCAGCACGAACGGUUAUGUUGACGGCCAACGUCUCGUAGGUGCCCGACACCGAAAUCAGAAUAACAUUAAUGUGAGAAUUCCAAAAAAUGUCAUAUGCUGUCUUUUGUUGUAAGAUUCAAGCCCUAGCUUUGAUAUAAUGCAAACAAAAACAGGUGUCAUAUGUAAAUAAUAUAAUAACAAUUCACAUAGAUUGACUUAGCCCCAAGGUAAGUUCGAGGCUUGUGUUCUUCUUCUUCUUCUUAUCGACCUUAUCCCACUCAUGUGGGUUCGGCACAGCAUGUAAGUUCCUUCCAUUUCGUUCUGUCAUUUGUCAUAUCCCAAUGGAUAGUAUGAACAGGAAAGGAGUAUCAAUAUACUCCUUUCCUGUUCAUACUACCCUUGACACACUCCAUCCAUUUCUUCUUAGGUCUUCCUCUAUUACUGGAUCUAUUACAGAAUUGCUAGAAUUAUUACACUGAAAUAGUUGAGACCGGGUUGGCUCUUUUAGGUCAGACUUCCAUCUUUAAUGCCCUUUGAGUGACGUGAUUUUCAUCUCUUCUUAAAAUAUGCCCGUACCAGCCUAACCUAUAACUAUGUAAUUUCUCAUUAACUGGUGCUACUUUCAUACUUCCUCUUACAUACUCAUUCCUUAUUUUAUCUAACCUAGUUACUCCACACAUCCAUCGCAACAUUCGCAUCUCUGUCGCAUGAAGUUUCCUUUCAUCCGUCAUUUUCGCCGCCCAACAUCCAGAUCCAUACAUUAUGCUUGUGUUAUGGGAUACCAACUCAACGAUACUGUAUUCUAUAAAUUAUACAUAUACAGAUAAACAUCCAAGACCCAGGUCAAUCGAAAAAAGAUCAUUUUCCAUCUUGACUUGACCGGAGAUCGAACCCGGAACCUCCAGUGUAGCAGUCUGGCAUGAUGACCAUUAAGGUCGCGGAGGUCAUCAUAGUGCACGUAUAACAAUAUGGGCUAAACUAGCGAAUUCGCCGCUAGAGGUAAUUUUUACAUUUUGGUUGUACGCGCAUGCAUGCGCACAGAACAAACGUAUUUUUAUGUCUGAGAACUUUUCACAAUUCCAGCGCCUAUUUUGCGAGAGAACAAAUUAGAAAUUCAAAUUCAGAUUCGAAUUUUGAUUGAAAUCAGAAUUAAUAACAUUUAUUGGGUUUACUCCAGGUUCUAUACAUAAAUAGGAAUGUCAACACAGCGUCUUUUGACACUUCUAUACAUAUAUUUACUCGUAAUUCGGUGGUGCCUCAGUCACUUAAUUAAUAAGCGGAUUAGACGCGUCAUAUAUCAGCUUUUGAUAUCAUAGCGUGCACCUCGCUUUAAUAUUUAUGCGAUGACACAGUUGAGUUAACAUAUUUUGUAUUUAACAUUGAUAUCUAGACGCUUUAUAACAUGUGUCAAGGAUUAAAUAAAUAAAGAUAGGCUUUAAUUUACUAACCUUGCAUGAUUAGUAAGGAUAUAGAGGUGGCGAAUAUUCGUGUGGGCCACUAAGGUACAACUUAACUGUUAAAAUGCAACAAAAGCAUUCCCAAAGGGGAUUGACUUCAGGCAGACGUUCGGUAGUAGAUAGCUCAUAAUCAUAACCAUAUCUUCAAAAUGUAAUAUUCUUGGCUUUGGGACGUCACAGCUCCAAGUGUAAUGGAGAACACACGAAGAUAAGAGAGAGGUGUGGUGAAUACUAGAGGAAGAAACUUAAUUAAUAAGGACAAGUAAAUUAAUUAUGUAAUUUGAAAACAUGUUUUUAUUAUUCUUUGUUCAACUUUUGUGCUUUGAUAGGUUUAAAAUAAUGAGUAAAUUUUCAAAUUACCUAAUCUACUUUUAAAAUAAAAAUACUUCAUACAUAAGGUAUUAUAUGUAUGAAGUAUUUUAGAUAUACACAUUAGUACUUUUAUUAGUUAAAAGUAGAUAUACACAGUAUUCAUACACAGUAAUCCCCUAUAUUCCUCAAGGGAGUAAUUCAUAAUCCAAAUUACCAGAUGGAUCCGUCUGCUACUACGAACAACAUAAAUAACUUAAAUUGCAGCUAACUACAUAAUUCUAGUUUAAUUCUGCAACACUGGACGUUGCGGGCAAGCCAGCCACUUCAUUUAAGCUGCAGACCGAUAGCUUAGCUAAGUGUAACUCAGUAAUGAGCAGUGGUUUAAAUAAUUUAAGCAAAAUUGUGUGCAGACUACAUAACAAUAUAUUAUGCUAAGAAAUAAAACCCGGCUUAGCGUACAAAAGUGCAAAAAUGUCAACAUUGUUUUUUUCUUUUUACAUAUUAUGAGUACUUAUAAUAAAAUAAAAAACGUUUUAGGUAUGGAUUUACAAUUUCGAUUAAAAAUACAUUUAGAUGUUUUUAGAAUAGAAUUAGAAUGAACAUAGGUUCAUUUUACAUGCAUCCAUAUACCUAGUAAUAUUAUAAAAGUGUGUAUAUUAAUUAUUGAUAUUACAAUGUAUUUCUUAUCUUACAUAUAUUUAAUUUUAUAAAUUUAUCAUAUUUAAUACAAAUGGGAAUGUCAAUCAAAGUUUAUAGAAAUAAAUAUCUAAUACACGUCAUAUAAUUAAAAUUAUAUACCUUCAUAUUUAAAUAUAUUAAUUUUCUUUUACGUAAAAAUGUAGCGUCGGGUUGAAAUAAUUUUUGUUGUGGAGACAGUUGGAGAGCUGGAUAGCGACAAAGAUAACAUUUUGCUGCGAGAAUAGCAGCCAGUAAUAGCUAAUGUAUUGAUUAAAAUCUGAUAAAACUGUUCAGGAUAUUUAGUUUAAUUACAUCUUCGGUUUUUGUUAUCCAAAAGAUGUUAUAGUUUAUUCUUUUACCUUCAUAGAUGGUAUUUGUGAAAAUAACACAGCACUAGGUAGGCAAAAUAUAAGUAGGCUACAGAAAUCAGGAUGAAUCCUGCUAGCCGUUACUGUGCACAUAAUUAGAGCAACAUUUCUACGUUAGACCAAUGUUUGUCUUUCACACGGAGAAAUGUUUUAUCCUCUUUACUUACUAAUUAGUUGGCAUUAGUGGGUGUGCAGCUAAAUAGGCGUGUAAUGGAACAUUUAAAUACGAGCUCGGUUCUUUGAUAUCUAAAAUAGCUUGGUUUUGUUUGUUGUAUAUAGCUAUAAGUUAAGUAAUAAUGCGAUUAUAAUUAAUUUAUGUUAAGCAUAGAUGGGUUCGAUAAGCUUACAUAGAUAAUGUAUGUUGUAUGUGAGGCAUAUAAUGUGUGACUGCGACUGAUAAGAGACGGGACCUCUUCCUUUUUUUAUCAGUUUGGAUAUUUGGAUCAAAGAAAACUAUCGUAAAAUUCCGAUAAAAAUUCGAUCACUCAAUAAAAUACCCAAUAGAAACACUUUAACAUGUAGGAAAUGGACUCUAAGCUGCAACGCUUUAUAGUUGAGAAAGAAACCGGAAAAUCUCUCAGAAGAGAGACGACUACUUAUAAAGUAAUAUAGCCGUUUUAAUAAUAUCUCGACUUUAGCUAAUAUUUGAAGUCAUAAGGCCAAUUCAAUGUUCGUUCUUCUGCAGACGUUACUUGCAGAUAAUAGCUAUAUUAAUUCAAGUUGCUUCGUCACUCGCUGUUUCUUUUGUUCCGUGCAGGGUAAUAUUGCAGUACCGCCCUCUCUGUGUGGACUCUUUAUUACACUGUGGUAUGGAUGUAAGUGUUGCUUUUAUUUUCAAUUAAUUUCAAUAAUGAACCCAGACCCAUUGCCCCAUGUUCUUAUGUUGCGUUAAUGUCCGUCGACGGAUCAACGUAGAAAUUGUAUGGUGAAGUACGAUGACGCACGCGAAUUAAUAUUUAUGUAAAAUAACAGGACUUCAACGCGCUGCAUCGAUGCAACGGAAUACAACAGAGCAAUGGCGCUGGGCUCAUUCGGGGGUACUUUUUCAAAUACUAGAUUUAUUUGUUGACGACAUAUAUACUGAAAUAUGGCAGUGUAGUUUAAAGUGGUUUCUAUAUAGACAUACUCUGCACAAGUUUUAAUUGAGGAUCUCGAAUUCGUCACUUAAUUAAAACUUGCCAAGUCAAACUAGAUGUCUUCUCCAGACAUUUGUGUCAUAGGGGUUUACUAUCACCUAACCAGUUUGGACCUAAACUGAUCUGCAUCGCAAAUUUGUACCAUAUAUUCACUUCAGGUUUCCAAAUUGAAAUGCAUUUGAAUCGUGCCGUAAAAGUUAAUGGUUGGCCUUGUUUAUUAAUGCGAAAGUCUAUCUGUCUGUCACGUUUUCAUAGAUAAAAUUACGAACCCUCCUUCCGUACGUAUUACAAACACAAUUUUGUUACCUAUUUGAGAAAAAGGUCGAAGCACAGCUGGUGAAAAAAUUAGAAAAGAAAUGCGUACAUUUAUCAUUCUUCUUCUUUAUAUUUUUAGUAUUUUUACUAGGUUGAAUUGAACAGGAUACGGUGAAUGAGAGCUACCGUGCAUUAAAAAAAAUUUAAUGGUAAAAAUAGUCUGUGGACUGUUAUUGGUUAACAAAAAAGGGUCAAUUUCAUUUGUUUUUUCUGUUUUGACUAAAUCAAUAAAUGUUUGUAUUUUUUCUUCUCAGUUAAAAACCUACGCGAGAAUACAAACUAGGUAAGUAAAAGUGGCUUUGCAACUUAAAAUAAUCGGCUUUUUAUAAACUAAUAUGGAUUUGUUUUAUUAUUAUCUGAUAACAUAUUUCACUGGAGAUCGGAAUGGAAUGGGGCUUUACUACUAAACAAUUGCCCCACCACCAAGCCAUUGUGGCUUAGCAAAUUGGCUAAACAAUUGGUUGGCAAUUUGUUGAAUUUCAACAUAAGCCACGCCUCAAUCGACCAGCGGUCAUUUUGUGUAUUGUUUUGUUUUGAUGGGUUACAUUGAAUUUGAAGAUGUUUCAGGAGCACUUGAAAAGCCAUCUUUACAUUGACAGAACUUUUGGAUGUGUUGAUGAACAAAUUCCGGGAUAAAAUUACUUUUAUUUUGAACUGAAGAAUUUUUAAAGUUACCUUUUAAAAUCUGAAGCGGCUCCUCAAUCCAUUACAUUAGAGAUAUACAUUAGAAAUUUUAAUAUCAUUAUAUCCGCUAGAUCUAUACAAGUUUAUAAAGGUAUGAAGAUCUGUUAAUAUGAUCCAGAUUUGGAGUGUAAUCAAUCAUCCAUGUCGCUAGUCAUCCUUAGAUUCAGUCAAAUUAAUUUGGCCUAAUCCUCUAAUGGCUAAACCAUUAUCUAAGAAUGACGCUUUUAGAGUUAAUUAGAUUAAAACUUGCGCUAGCAGAAUUCUAAGAAUCUUUUUAAUUAUAAAAGUUUCUUUUUAUUAAGCUGGUUCUUUUUAUUGUUUUACUAAAGCAUUGUACCGCUGAUGGACAGACCACUUAUUUUUUAUCACAUUGACAUAUUUUAAGGAAAUAUUAAAGUAACUUCUGAACUGAGUACAGUCGUUCACUAGAAAUAUUUCCCCGAUUUGUCAGCUGGUACUUAUGGAUGUAUCAUUUAAAUUACAAUGUAUCAAAGGUAUUUGACAUUUCACCUCGGUGGCGCAGUGGUAAAGUGCUUGCCUCUGAACCGAGAGGUCCCGGGUGAUCUUUUUCUGAUUGGCCCGGUUCUUGGAUGUUUAUCUAAACAUAUAUCUAUUUGUUAUAAAAUAUAGUAUCGUUGAGUUAGUAUCCCAUAAAACAAGUCUCGAACUUACUUUGGGGCUAGCUCAAUCUGUGUGAUUUGUUCUAAUAUAAGUAUUUAUUU